AGCCACUACGCUGGAUCGGCUAGGGCUUCCACCAGGUAGACAGGUGCGCCACAGGUGCCAUGGGGCUGCUCACAGUGGGAACUCCCUUGGCCUGGGAGGACAUGCUGCACCACAGCAGGUACAUCCGUAAGCACGGAGUUCUGCAGUUCCUCCACACGCUCCGGCGCAUGCAGCAUUUGGAGAACGAUCCGUUCCUCUACGGAGAUGAGGUCGAGUAUGGCUUAUUGAAAGUGGAUCCCAUUCGGAAGACGGUGCGCCUGAGCCUCCGAGGGCCCGAAGCCAUGGAGGCGCUGCGGCGCCAGGAGCAGGAGGAGCUUCAAGGCUGCGCAUGGCAUGAGGAGUAUGGAAGCUGGAUGCUGGAAGGCACCCCGCGGGUUCCAUAUGGUGGUUAUGUGAUGGGACUUCUGGGCAUUGAGCAGAAUAUGCGGCUACGUCGCGGGAGGAUUUUGUCCGUCCUGAACGAAGAUGAGAUGGCUCCGACGCUGGUGGCGUUUCCUUUGCUGGGCGUCGGCUUCACGGGCAGUUCGAUCGGCGCCUCGCCCGCCUCGGACUCGGCUCUGGUGCCGGACAGCUGCAUCAACCCCCACCCCCGGUUCGCCACUCUGACGGCCAACAUCCGCAAAAGGCGCGGCAGCAAGGUGGACAUCCGCGUUCCCUUGUUCAAGGACAGCAAGACGACAGAGUUUGAGACUGCCACGGAGCCCAUGAUCCACAUGGAUUGCAUGGCCUUCGGCAUGGGUUGCUGCUGCCUUCAAGUCACUUUUCAAGCUAGCGACCUGGAUGAAUCCCGGCUGUUGUACGACCAGCUGGCGGUUCUUGCGCCGAUUAUGCUGGCCCUGACGGCCGCAACCCCGAUUGUCAAGGGCCGUCUUGCAGCCACUGAUGCUCGCUGGAGCCUCAUCAGCCAAUCAGUGGAUGAUCGCACCCCCGCAGAGAGGGGCGAGGCUGGCAUAGCCGAUGCCCGCAUGGCUGGGGCAGGCAUUCGCAAGCAGAGCAAGAGUCGCUAUGACUCCAUUUCUUGCUUCAUCCAUCCUGGCUCCCGUGCUUUCAAUGACCUUCCGUGCGAGACAGACGAGGACACCUUUGCCCUUUUGCAGCAGGAGGGCGUUGACGAAGCCUUGGCGCAGCAUGUGUCCCACUUGUUCACCCGCGAUCCCUUGGCUGCCUUUGCUGGCCAUGUCGAGGAGGUGGAUGACUUCGCAUCCACGGAUCACUUCGAAAGCAUUCAGUCCACCAAUUGGCAGACCGUGCGCUGGAAGCCACCCCCCGCCACCAGUGCCUGCGGCACGGGCGCGCCGCACGUGGGGUGGCGCACAGAGUUCCGUUCCAUGGAGGUGCAGCUGACGGACUUCGAGAACGCCGCCUUUACUGCCUUCAUGGUGCUGGUGUCACGGGCCAUUUUGGUCUUCAACCUGAACCUGCUGGUUCCUUUGUCCAAGGUGGACGAGAACAUGGGCCGCGCCCAUGCGGCGGAUGCGGUGGGCACCCAGAAUUUCUGGUUUAGGAGGCAGAUCUGGCAAGAGGCCGAGCAGGGGGAAUUGUGCGAGAUGACUAUGGAUGAGAUCAUGAACGGCAGCAAAGAAUUUGUUGGCCUGGUCCCCUUGUGCUACGCCUACUUGAAGCAUAUUCGAUGUGACAACAGCAGCUUUAAGCACCUCGACCAAUACUUGAAGCUGAUCAGUGGGAGGGCCAGCGGCGAGUUGAUGACCCCGGCGAAGUGGAUGAGAUGUUUUGUGCGCUCGCACAAGGAGUACAAGUUUGACUCUGUGGUUUCUGAAUCUAUCGCAUUCGACAUGGUCAAGGCUUGCAAUGACAUCGGACUGGGCAAGAGGCCCUGCCCCGAAAUCUUGGGGGAGGUUGAGAUCGAGCCCAUCACUACAGGCCAGUAUGAGACGCCGCUGUUUUGCGAUAAACUGGGGCCUUCUGAGCGGAAAGGGCUUUUGCAGAAGAUGCUUUUGCGUGCGCCCUCUGCCCUGAAGAGCACGCUGGCUGAAAGAUGUGGGGAGCCACAGAGCUUCUGCUACGCAAGACUUGCAGCAUGCACCUAACGGAAUUUCACGAAGCUGGGACAGAAGUUCCGGACCGCCCCGAGGGCCCCGCCACUAUCGACCAACUCUUGACGCUACUUUGUGUAUCUAUGCUGGUUGGUCAAUUUGUUUCAAGGCUUCACGUCCAGUGUCGUGCGUCAUGGGGGUGUUUGUUUCGUCAUUUGAAGAAGCGGCAAAGUGGCCAGGAGACUGCCGGCCUUCAGGCAUCUUCGUUUACCUUUUUCGCCUCAAGAGGAGGUUUGUAGCAUGCGCGCAGUGGCGCGCUCACAGACUUAUGUGUGGCGCACGUUCCAGUUGUGCCAAGAUUGGCAUAAAACCUUGGGAUGUGGCCAUUGUUCAGGCAGCACAGCAUUUGUACAGCAGCCCCAGAGGCAGCAAAACCUUUGAUUGGCCACAGAUUAGAAGCCAACAAUGAGGUAUUUGAUGCAGCCUGAUUUGAGCGAUCGCUUG